AGUACGCACGACCGGGGGUGGGGCUGGCGGCUGGCGAGCGGGCGGGCAGCUGAGGCGCGGGGCCUGGUCCCGCAGGCACCAUGGCCAAGACCGUGGCCUAUUUCUAUGACCCUGACGUGGGCAACUUCCACUACGGGGCUGGGCACCCUAUGAAGCCCCAUCGCCUGGCAUUGACCCAUAGCCUAGUCCUGCAUUAUGGUCUCUAUAAGAAGAUGAUCGUCUUCAAGCCAUACCAGGCCUCCCAGCAUGACAUGUGCCGCUUCCACUCCGAGGACUACAUUGACUUCCUGCAGAGAGUUAGCCCCACCAAUAUGCAAGGCUUCACCAAGAGCCUUAAUGCCUUCAACGUGGGCGAUGACUGCCCAGUGUUUCCCGGACUCUUUGAGUUCUGCUCCCGUUACACUGGCGCAUCUCUGCAAGGAGCAACCCAGCUGAACAACAAGAUCUGUGAUAUUGCCAUUAACUGGGCUGGCGGUCUGCACCAUGCCAAGAAGUUUGAGGCUUCUGGCUUCUGCUAUGUUAAUGACAUUGUGAUUGGCAUCCUGGAGCUGCUCAAAUACCACCCUCGGGUGCUCUACAUCGAUAUCGACAUCCACCAUGGUGACGGAGUUCAGGAAGCCUUCUACCUCACUGACCGGGUCAUGACAGUGUCCUUCCACAAGUAUGGAAAUUACUUCUUCCCUGGUACAGGUGACAUGUAUGAAGUUGGAGCAGAGAGUGGCCGCUACUACUGUCUCAAUGUGCCCCUGCGAGACGGCAUUGAUGACCAGAGUUACAAGCACCUUUUCCAGCCAGUUAUCAAUCAGGUGGUGGACUUCUACCAACCCACGUGCAUUGUGCUCCAGUGUGGAGCUGACUCUCUGGGCUGUGAUCGAUUGGGCUGUUUCAACCUCAGCAUCCGAGGACAUGGGGAAUGUGUUGAAUAUGUCAAGAGCUUCAAUAUCCCUCUACUGGUGCUGGGUGGUGGUGGUUAUACUGUCCGAAAUGUUGCUCGCUGCUGGACAUAUGAGACAUCACUGCUGGUAGAAGAGGCCAUUAGUGAGGAGCUUCCCUAUAGUGAAUACUUCGAAUACUUUGCCCCAGACUUCACGCUCCAUCCAGAUGUCAGCACUCGCAUCGAGAAUCAGAACUCACGCCAGUAUCUGGACCAGAUCCGCCAGACAAUCUUUGAAAACCUGAAGAUGCUGAACCAUGCACCUAGUGUCCAGAUUCAUGAUGUGCCUGCAGACCUCCUGACCUAUGACAGGACUGAUGAGGCUGAUGCAGAAGAGAGGGGUCCUGAGGAGAACUAUAGCAGGCCAGAGGCACCCAAUGAAUUCUAUGAUGGAGACCAUGACAACGACAAGGAAAGCGAUGUGGAGAUUUAAGAGUUUCUAGUGAUGCUGUGUCCCAAGGAGUUCCUUUUCACCUCUUGGUUGGACUGGAAGGGAAAGAUGUGGCUCCCUCAGUCUUGGAGUGGUCAUGCUAGGACUUUUACUGAUUCUGGGGAAGGGUUUGGAGACCACAUCUGAUUGGAGAACCAUCUGCCCCCUUCUUUUCACCCUACCAAGACCUGACAUUGGUACCUAUUAGGGAUGAGAUGUGCACAAGGAUAGCUGUCUCUAGGACAUGAUUGCAGUGACCCUCAGAGGCCAGUCCUCAGCCCUUCUUGUCCUUUAUUCCUUCCUUGUUUCCUUCCAACCCAGAGACUUCAGAGAUGAAGGGAUAGAGAGGACUGAGGUUGCCUUUGACAUCCUCCUCUCUGGGGUUCUUCUGGCAAAAGCCUUGCCUCCAGGGCAAGUGAAGGGAGAGAUUUGGAGGGGCUCUGGUUCCCUAACACCUUAACCCCAGAUGAUGGGUGUGAAGAUGUUCUAACUUUGGCUUUAUGUCCAUUUUACCACUGUUUUUAUCCAAUAAACCAAGUUGUUAUUUUUUGUA